UUGCUUGCUCGCGCUUUCGUUCGCGCUUUCCUCGCGGAUCGAGGAGUCUGUGGUCAGAGGCUGCGGCCGGGAAGGGAGGCAGAGGCGGCGGCUCAGGAGAAACGAGGCUGCGGUGGUGGUGGGAAGAUGUCGGGCGAGGACGAGCAGCAGGAGCAAACUAUCGCUGAGGACCUGGUCGUGACCAAGUAUAAGAUGGGGGGCGACAUCGCCAACCGAGUACUUCGGUCUUUGGUGGAAGCUUCCAGCUCAGGUGUGUCCGUACUAAGCCUGUGUGAAAAAGGUGAUGCCAUGAUUAUGGAAGAGACAGGGAAAAUCUUCAAGAAAGAAAAAGAAAUGAAGAAAGGUAUUGCCUUUCCCACCAGCAUUUCAGUAAAUAACUGUGUAUGUCACUUCUCGCCUUUGAAGAGCGACCAGGACUAUAUUCUCAAGGAAGGUGAUUUGGUAAAAAUAGACCUUGGGGUCCAUGUGGAUGGCUUCAUCGCUAAUGUGGCUCACACUUUUGUGGUUGAUGUAGCUGAGGGGACCCCAGUAACAGGACGGAAAGCAGAUGUCAUUAAGGCUGCUCACCUUUGUGCUGAGGCUGCCCUACGCCUGGUCAAACCUGGAAACCAGAACACACAAGUGACAGAAGCCUGGAACAAAGUUGCCCACUCAUUUAAUUGCACUCCAAUAGAAGGUAUGUUGUCACACCAAUUGAAGCAGCAUGUCAUCGAUGGAGAGAAAACCAUUAUUCAGAAUCCCACAGACCAGCAGAAGAAGGACCAUGAAAAAGCUGAAUUUGAAGUACAUGAAGUAUAUGCUGUGGACGUUCUUGUCAGCUCAGGAGAGGGCAAGGCCAAAGAUGCAGGACAGAGAACCACCAUUUAUAAACGAGAUCCCUCUAAACAAUAUGGCCUGAAAAUGAAAACUUCACGUGCCUUCUUCAGUGAGGUGGAAAGACGUUUUGAUGCCAUGCCAUUUACUUUAAGAGCAUUUGAAGAUGAGAAGAAGGCCCGGAUGGGUGUGGUGGAGUGUGCCAAACAUGAACUACUACAACCAUUUAAUGUUCUCUAUGAGAAGGAGGGUGAAUUUGUUGCCCAGUUUAAAUUUACAGUUCUACUCAUGCCUAAUGGUCCCAUGCGGAUAACAAGUGGUCCCUUUGAGCCUGACCUCUACAAGUCUGAGAUGGAGGUCCAGGAUGCAGAGCUGAAGGCCCUCCUCCAGAGUUCUGCAAGCCGGAAAACUCAGAAAAAGAAAAAAAAGAAGGCCUCCAAGACUGCAGAGAACGCCACCAGCGGGGAAACAUUAGAAGAGAAUGAAGCUGGGGACUGAGGUGGGUCCCAUCUCCCCAGCUUGCAGCUCCUGCCUCAUCCCUUCCCACCACACCCCAGGCUCUGUGAAGUGCAGUUUGUCUUCUCCAUCCAGGACCGCCAGCAGAGCGGGGUCUCCCUGCCCCCAUCCCAGUCCCCCAACCCAUCCCUUUCCAACAACAACCAGCUCCAACUGACUCUGGUCUUGGGAGGCCAGGCUUCCCAGCCACUGAAGACUACUUUAAAUAGAAAAAAGAAAUUGAGUAAUAAAAUCAGGAGUCAAAAUCCAUCGUCUUCAAGCCCCUCUUUCUAGCCUUUUUCUACUAUGCUUGGUCAAAGUUUGUGGCCCUACAACAGAACAGGGAGGCUAAAUUAGCCACCACCACUAAAAACUCAGCUGAAAUUUUUUAUGCCACUCUAAUGUCAGCAUUUUCUCAUCUGUUUUGGGGCUUUUUCCUCUCUUUCUCACUCCCCCAAAGUAUUUUGUCCUCAAAAUAGAGGAGCUAUUCUUCAGAUUGUUUUUAUUCACAUGUGGCAGAUUCCUCUUACUGUCCAGGUUGUCUGGUCAGGCCUCUCCCAUUUUCAGGAGCCGGAGCCUGCAUUUACAAAGGGAUUCUUGUCUAUCAAGUGAAUUCUCACUUGUAAAUCUUUUUAGUCAUUUUUGUUCUGCAGGUUUUUUUUUUUUUUUUUUUCAUUUUCACAAAGCUGUAAAGAAGUAAUCCAUCUCAACCAUGUCCUUUUCUUUGGAGUCAGUGGGAUCUUCCCUUGUUUCAUCUUACGCAAACAAGAGCUGGAAGCUCAGCUGAGGUUUUGUUUCUUGUCUGAGAUAUUUUGACUUCUCCCCUUUGAAAGAAAGACCAGGAACUGGAGGAGCAGACUGACUGAAGAAACAACUCCUGGCUUUCUGAAGCUGUGGACUUGGAUUGGAUGAAUUGCUGGGGGUUUGGAGAGAAAGGUGAUGAAUUUCAGUACCUCUGGCAUGCUGCCCCAGGAAACUAGGGCUCCCACUAAUUUAUGAGGUUUUUAAACACCUUGAAAAUGAGAUGGCGUUAAAAUAAAUUUGGAUUUGGUCAUAUUGAUGUGCAUUUGUAUGUUGCUCUUAUUUAAACAGAGGUGGGGAGUACCGGUUGAGUAAGUGAACAUCAGUUGGAACUGUUUUUCUACAGUGCCAUAAUCUACCUCCUAGUCAAAGAAUAUUUGGAGUUGGGGAAGACACAAAUCCUGGAUUCUCUGAAUUACAGCAUAGUAAAUUACAUAUAGGAAAUGGGAGUUUGAUGGUGAUUUAAUUUUCUAAAGUAGCAAUGUGCUACUUGCUGUUGACACUUUGGGACUAGGACACUAUGUUGUGUAUUGUAAAGAAGAAGAAAAAAAAAACACUAUACAAGUAUUAAUUUAGGAACCCAGGAAGGAUGCUUUAGUUUUUAAUGUUCCGUAAUCAGGCGUUGAAAUUCAUAGUCUUCAAGCCUUUUUAUACUGCUCUCUGCUUCAGGGCCAGGUAGCUUGAGUGAAUAUUUGUUCAUUAGAUUUGAAUACCUUACUACAUGUGAGGCACUGGUGACUUGGAGGUAUUACAAUGAACAAGACUGGACACAGGUCCCCUCAGAUCUUAACAGAUUAGUAGGCAAUUAACCGUGGAAAUUUUGAUGGACUUAAUAUAUAAAUUUCUUAAACAUAUAUGUUUUCAAAACCUUGUCACACUCUGAUGGUGACAAUACUAGAACUACUUAAACACUUGUAACAAGGACUGUAAAUUUUUAAAAACUCAAUUUCCCCGAGUUAAAAAAGUGAAAUGUUAUUCUAUAAAUACGAAAGGGAAACCAUCAAAAGGGAGGAGGAGGGAUUAUAGCACAAGAUUUUACAGUAUUUUAAACAUUGAACAAGGUAAAAUCUAUGCUGAGUUCUUUUUCAUCCUUCGUAAUUCAAGUUUCCUGAAACCAAAUCUCUGAUGAUUCUGACCUAACCACACCAUGGUCCUGGCAAAUUCUUAACACCAGAUGUCAUUCUUGCUCUGGAGAAACCAGUUGCCUUCAAGUCGAUUGUGAUUUAUAGCGACCCCAUAGGGUUUCCAAGAAGGGCCUGGUGGAUUCGAAUUGCCACCCCUUUUGUUUAACAGCCAACCUCUUAAUCACUGCCCAUGCCCAGUGCCAUCGAGUCAGUUCUGACUCAGCGACCCUAUAGGACAGAGUAGAACUGCCCCAUAGAGUCUCCAAGGACUGCCUGGCAGAUUCGAACUGCUGACCUUUUGGUUAGGAGCCUAGCACUUAACCACUACACCACCAGGGUUUCCUCUUAAUCACUACGACUUGGCUAAUCUGGCUUGUUCCCCUCUGUACGUUGGUUUUAUCUUCAUCCCUAAGUGGGGAAUUACUUAUUCUCAACAAAUUCCUGGCAGUUUAGUUUGGGAUGGCUAAUGACAUUCUGCCUCAGGCAUUGUGGAAAAAGCUCCUAAUAGCUGGCUAUUUUAUUCUCUAGGAGUUUUAGGAAGUUGAUCUUUAAUAGUGACUUUUCCCCACUCUCCAUUUCCCAUCCUUCAAUGUUCUGGCAUCUAGCACCUUCGGAAAUAACGAUACUGAACUUCCCUGCAGCAAUUUAAUUUAGAAAACAAGGCAAACCCAUAAAGCAAAUGAUGAAUUUUGUACACACAGUAGGCACCAAUACAGAAUAAAAUGGAGGGUUUUGCCAGGUAACUGCAACUCCCAUAAGGCAAUGAGAAAGGAGGCGGAGGUCACUCUCUUGUCCGCACCCCUUGAUACCAUACUGGGAGACGCUCACCUUAUAUAAUGCAGUGUUGGCGUAAUGAAAAUUGUGGGGCAGGGGGGCUUGGUAAUUUGAAUUCCAGAUACUCUUUAACGAGAGAACUAACGGCGUCUACAACGCUUCAGCUCAAUAAUUCGACCACCUGCUGUUUGAGAGAUUGUUAUUUCACUCAGGCAGCCCCGCCCCGGGGGGGCGGGAGACGGAAGUGACGACACUGGAUGCUUCAUAAAAUAGCUGUAGGCGGAACUCGGGCUCUCUCUCGGCCUUAGCGCCAUCUUGUUAGGUAGGUGUUUCAACAGUGUGGAUUCCGCAUAGAAUCCAUUAACAUCUUGCGGCUGCACUUAACCAUCAUCUCAGCAAACUAACUGUAGCUUUUUUCUCUUUCCCCGUAGAAACCUCCGGACCAUGAGAGCCAAGGUGAGCGAUUCCUGAACAGUGAACUGAGUCGGUAGGGAUUGGCGAGUGGGGUAAACUAGCGAAGUCCGCCAUGGUACCCAAAUCGCUGGGUUCUCGAAAAGUGCCCAGGAGCUCCUGGGAUAAGGAUAGUUUGGUGGGAAGCAGAGGAGUUGGGGAGAGAUGGCAGGAGUAGAAGACUGCAGGUGAGAUGCGGGUUUACAUCGUGGGAUCCAAACUGAUGGCAGUUGCUGCGACCAAGCCCUCUUACUUAAGAACCUGACUGAAAGGGCUUUUGAUACCCCUACCUAACCUGUUACUGAAACUACUGAUUUCUUGUUUUAUUCUCUGCCUCUGUUACGAUCGGUUGCAGUGGAGGAAGAAGCGAAUGCGCAGGCUGAAGCGCAAAAGAAGAAAGAUGAGGCAGAGGUCCAAGUAAACGCUAGCGUGUGCACACACGGAAGCCACAGCAGCAGGAAUAUGGAAUGUCGGAGGCCAGGGACGCUGGUACAAGUUGUUGACUGCAUGCUACUGUCUGGAACUUAUCUCAGUGGAUCUAGAAUUUCCAUCGCCAUUUGAUCGCUGCGAACACCUUCGAGGGGCCCACCUUGCUUGUACUAAAUCAGACCCUUUUGAUAUUUGCCCUGGACCUAUGACAGUCUGGACUAGUUCUGUUCUCAGUUGUGGCUGAGUGUAACAUGUGCACAAUAAAUCAUCUCUUCUGCUGUUUUGGCUGAAGAACCAAA